AUGGCGUCCGAGAUUCAGACUAUCAACAUCACCGACGUACUCACCGUCCAAAAACCAAGCCGGCAUAUUGCAUACACUGUGCAGGUGUCGACGCCAACCCGCUCAUGGUCCGUCAACAGGCGGUAUAACGAUUUUGUUGCUCUAGACGCCGAGCUGCGCAAAAGCACAGGGAAGGAACCACCCGUCGAGUUGCCGCCAAAGCACUGGUUUGCGCGUACCAUUGAUGAUGAAGAAAAGAUCCGCCAGCGCCGCGUCCUGCUCGAACAGUACCUCCGCACCAUCCUGACGACAAAGGACCCUCGGUGGCGUAAGGAAUUUGGUUUCUCUGACUUCCUGGCCGUUCCGGCGCCAAGUAAGGCAGGAAGCGCAGGACAGCCGUUCACAGCAACCACGUGGGCGGCAGAGCAGACGGCCGUGGCCGGUGUGUUAAGGCAGGCGCGCGCGGCGCUGCUCAAGCGCGACGCUCUUGCGCGUGAAGGUAACCCCGCGUCGCGGGCAAGUGGCGGCGAAGCCCGACGCCUCCUCCGUGACGCUGGCCCGCGCAUCGACACCCUCGAGAAGUCACUUCCUGAAUUGUCUCUUGCGGCGGGUGAGGAACGCAGACGUGAGGACAUGGUCGCAAAUCUCCGGGCUGAGGUGGGCAACCUUCUCCGCAUGGCGGAGGCGGGGUACCGCCCACCCCAUCGCACCCCUCCGCUUGAGGCUAACAUGCCUGGCGCGAUGCCCGAGGGCGCGAACUCUGCAUUCGCACCCAAGGCGCGUGUGUUUGGUAAGAAGCCCCAGGAGACGGUGGAGACGCGCGCACUCGACGACCGCGGCCUCGUCGAGCUUCAACAGACCAAGAUGGUGCAGCAGGACGAACAGCUUGGCGUCCUCUCUGGCCUCCUUCGUAGACAGCGCCGGAUGGGCGAGGAGAUUGCAGACGAGAUUGGAGUCCAGAACGAGAUGCUCGACCAGCUCGAUGGCGACGUCACACGGUUCGGCACAAAGAUGGCGCGCGCAAAGCGCGACAUGAACCGGCUCUAG